AUGGAUCGACAGAAGUCGCCCCUCCGUCCCCCAAGUGGGAUUCCACGCUUGGCUUCCAGGAUCCCCUUGCCCACCCACACCGGACAAAGAUCUCUAAAGCCAUCCCCGUCGAGAGAGCGCCUGCAGGCCGAUCCGGGUGUUGACAUUGCGCGAUUACGGCGACCCUCGCAAGAAACUCUAUCAAGAAAAUAUUCUACCCAGUCCUUUUCGUCCCACACCGCUGGCCAUGUCUACCAACGUCGAGACCUGUCGCAGACGCCGCAGGACCGCGAUGAAAACCUGGAAGUGCCGGAAGAUGCCGAUGGCGAGGCUUGGGAAUUGGUAGAUGAUCACAAUGGUGACCACACAUCCGCGCCCCCGGCAGACGCUCGCCCGUCACUCUCGGAUCGGACCAUCGAGACACUGUCGAAGAUCCCCCCAUCACCUUCUUCGCGUGGCAGGAAGACGUCUUUCUUCCCCCCAGACUCCUCAAUGGGUCCUCCGCCUCGGCCCAGCUCCGCGUUGAACAGCUACUCACGAUCUCCAUCGAGAUCAUCGCAUUCCCAGAAUGGCGUGGACGAAGGGGUCGUACCUCCUUCGUCGGUAAGGCGCACCCCAUCUCGGGUCUCAAUUGCCUCGCUUUCGUCAAAUCUAAGUUCAGUGUCAGAGAGGACGGCUCCUCAGACUACCGAUACUCUGACCAAGUCAACAAACUCCGGUGGAAGGCAGAGUCUUGGAGCCGUGAAGCGCCAGUCGAUGAUCGCAGCCAUACCUUCCAAACGCGCAGAAACCCUCCCUGUGAGAUCGGGGGGCUUCAGUGAAAGCAAAGGCUUGUCGACGAAAGCACCCAAAGCGCGGCCUUCCUUGGCCAGUGCUUUUGGGAAGCCAUCCCCUGAUGAGGGCAUCCAGUCUCCCCAACCAGUCACCGUCAACAAAACAAGGAAGCCCUCAUCCAACGUUUCUUCCAACAUGACCUCACCUUCUUCCACGGUGUCCAAGACCUCUUCAGCCGCAUCGACGACCUCGGAGGUGCACAGUCAGGACCUACAUGCCGCUGCCGAACCUGAAGUUCGGAAGGUAUCCAAAUCUUCGAGUGCCUUGCGAGAGAGUAUUGCGAAAGCCAAGGCGGCCAGGAAAGCAGCAAAACAAAAUAACCUGGAGCCUGAGGCUUUCGACCCCUGGGGCAACAUCGAUGUGAAAGAUCCAUUUAAUCAACUCCCCAAAGAACCAAACCGCGGCCUGCUCCGAAAGCGUGUGGAGGCGGCCCGAACAUCGGGUUCUUUGAACAUUGCGGCCAUGGGCCUGAAAGAGAUUCCCAACGAAGUCAUGACGAUGUAUGACUUUGAUCCAGAUAGCAAUGCUGACUGGUACGAGAGUGUCGACCUCGUGAAAUUUAUCGCCGCGGAUAAUGAAAUAGAAUCGUUGCCGGACGCGGCGUUUCCAGACAUCGAUCCUCACGAUUUUGAUGCAGACGAGGACAGCAAAGGCAAUCAAUUUGGUGGACUGGAGGUCUUGGACCUUCAUGGCAAUCUGCUCCGGUCGCUGCCAAUCGGGCUGAGAAGGUUACAGAGACUGUCUUCGCUGAACCUGUCGAACAACCAACUGAGCAUGGAUGAUAUCGAGGUUGUCGCAGAGAUCCAAAGCCUCUCGGAUUUGAAGCUGGCAAACAACAACCUCGAGGGUGCGCUCCUGCCGACGCUGGGCCAUCUUAGCAACCUCGAAGUCUUGGAUCUCCGUGGGAAUCGUCUCAGCUCUCUGCCAGAUUCUUUCUCCGAUUUGACCAGUCUGAAGGUUUUGAAUGUCUCAGAGAAUCAGUUGAAGUCAUUGCCAUUUGAAAUAUUGAGCAGGCUUCCCAUGAUCGAGUUGAACGCUGCCGGCAACAAGCUCCAGGGGAGCUUGAUAUCGGCAUCUGUUGACCGUUUCGAGACGCUGCAGACCUUGAACGUGGCACGUAACGCUCUGGAGCGGUUAUCAGAAAAUGAUACCUUUGACUUUCCCAACUUACAAACUCUCGCCAUUGACGCAAAUCGUAUCCGAACACUGCCGUGCAUGUCGUCCUGGCGAUCCCUCCUGAGAUUGUCAGCCGAAGAUAACAGUAUCGCUGCCCUCCCAGACGGAUUCGUGGAACUAGACAACCUCAAAUAUGUCGAUCUGACGGCCAACGACCUGUCCAAGUUGGAUGAACGGAUCGGCCUGAUGGAUAAUCUGGCCAUGUUCCGUAUCUCAAACAAUCCACUCAGGGAGCGCAAAUUCUUGAACAUGGACACAGAGGAUCUGAAACGCGACCUGCGGAAUCGGUGCGCUCCCGUGCCUCAAGAAGAAGACAGGGGAUAUAGUGAAUCCGAUGGCGCAGAGCAGGUUGAAGCACAUGGGGAGGAGGACGAGGAGGACGAGGAAGGCUCUGUAGCGACAGAGUUCACCCUCGCUCCCGAGAGUCCUAGCCAUUUGAAUCGCUGGAAGGUCAAGCAGGGAGGGGUUCUCGACCGCUCCUCUACUGAGAUGACGGAGUUGAGCGUCGAAGAGUUGAGGCCGUUGGUCUCUUCCCAUGACAUCAAAUGCCUCUACAUCCAGCAGAACAAACUACAGAGUUUCCCCGUCCCUGCACUGGGCCUCCUUGCCAGCACUCUGACCGACCUCGAUCUAUCGAGGAACCCCUUGAACAGCGAUGCCCUCUUCUCUGCGUCCGUGUCUCUUCCUCAUCUGCAAAACCUGAAUCUGAGCGCCACCGGCUUGACGAGUCUGGACUCUCUGCAAGCAAACUUGUCCGCGCCGUCUCUGAAGUUCCUGGAUGUGUCGAACAACCGCCUCAGGGGACCUCUUCCCUUUGUUCGCCAGACUUACCCCAACCUCGUCACGUUCCUCGCGGCCGAUAACCAGAUCUCCAGCCUUGAAUUCGAGACCGUCCAGGGCCUCCAGGUGCUCGACGUCAGCAACAACAAUAUUGACUACCUGCCGCCCAAGCUCGGAUUGCUGGCAGCGGACGGGUCUGGCCCGAAGGGGGUGGCCGGGCCUGGUCUGAGACGAUUCGAGGUGGCUGGCAACAGCUUCCGAGUGCCUCGAUGGCAGGUUGUCUCCAAGGGCACAGAGGCGAUCCUGGAAUGGCUGAAGGGCCGGAUUCCGGCCGAGGAGCUGAGAGAGUGGGGGGCGGGAGAUGAGGAUGACUCGAACGGGUUUGAUUAA